UCUUAGUCUUCAAGUUCUAAAUAAAAUGGCUUUACAGAGCUUCAGCCAGCGCUCAUUUCCACCGGCACCGCGCCAAUACUGCGAACUGAAUCAACUGAUCCGAUUGUAGCUUCUCUCUGAUCACCGCCGUCAGCUGCUCAUUCAGGCCUGCCGGAUAUCCGAUUUUGCAAAGCGAUCGUGCCGUUUUAAGUAUCAAGAUGGUUGUUUUGGCUGCUUCCAUUAUAACUAAAUCUGGGAAAGCACUUGUUUCGAGGCAAUUUGUGGAUAUGUCUCGAAUAAGAAUUGAGGGGUAUCUUGCAGCUUUUCCCAAAUUGGUUGGAAUAGGGAAACAACACACAUAUGUUGAGACUGAAAAUGUCCGAUAUGUGUAUCACCCAAUAGAGUCUCUGUAUUUGCUCCUAGUGACCAAUAAACAGAGCAACAUUCUUGAAGAUCUAGAGACACUGAGGCUGCUGUCUAAAGUUGUCCCUGAAUAUUCUUAUUCCCUAGAUGAGGAGGGCAUUUGCAAAACAGCUUUUGAGCUCCUUUUUGCAUUUGAUGAAGUCAUAUCUCUGGGCCAUAAGGAGAAUAUUAAUGUUGUACAAGUCAAGCAGUACUGUGAAAUGGAGAGUCAUGAAGAGAAGCUGCACAAAUUGGUCUUGCAGAGCAAGAUUAAUGAGACUAAGGAUGUCAUGAAGCGCAAAGCUAGUGAGAUUGACAAAAGCAAGAUUGAGAAGAAUAGAGGUGAUAAGGGGGGCUUUAUGUCCCUGCAGUCACUGGGUUCUUCUGGAAGACUUGAAACUGGCUUUGGCAAUGAUACAAACCUAUCAAGCACCGGAAGUGGUUUUGGAAAUGCUACUACUGGCUUUGGGGGGUUAAGCACUGAUGUUGAAUCUUUCUCCACCAAGUCCAAGGGUCAUCCGCCUUCAUCUGCUUCAGCUCCACCAAAAGGUCUUGGUAUGAAGCUGGGUAAGACACAAAGGGCCAACCAAUUUUUGGAAUCCCUGAAAGCUGAAGGUGAAAUGAUUGUAGAGGACGUCAGACCAAGUGUAGUAGGUCAGUCCAAGCCCGCUGCUGCACCCUUAACUGAUCCUGUGACAUUGACUGUGGAAGAAAAGCUUAAUGUAACACUAAAACGUGAUGGAGGUGUCAGCAACUUUGAUGUGCAAGGUACAUUGUCUCUCCAAAUUUUGAGCCAAGACGAUGGAUUUAUCCAAGUUCAGAUUGAGACCAGUGCUAAUCCAGCAGUGCUCUUCAAAACACAUCCUAACAUCAACAAGGAGUUGUUUGCAAAUGAAAAUAUUCUAGGCCUCAAAGAUCCAAAUAGGCCAUUUCCCACUGGUCAAUCUGGUGAUGGUGUUGGUCUCUUGAAGUGGAGAAUGCAAAGCACUGAUGAGUCAAUUUUGCCAUUGACACUUAACUGCUGGCCCUCUGCUUCUGGAAAAGAAACCUAUGUCAAUAUUGAGUAUGAAACUCCAGCAAACAUGCAACUACAGAAUGUUAUAAUUUCUGUGCCUCUUCCAGCACUUAGAGAUGCUCCAAAUGUACAGCAGAUAGACGGGGAGUGGAGGUUUGACUCCAGGAAUUGUGUCCUGGAAUGGUCUAUAGUUCUCAUUGAUAACUCAAAUCGCAGUGGUUCUCUAGAAUUUGUUGUUCCUGCAGCAGACCCAUCACAGUUUUUCCCAAUAAGUGCACGCUUUACUUCUUCAAGAACUUUUAGCGACUUGAAGGUUGUCAAUAUUCUUCCGCUGAGAGGUGGGGCGACACCAAAAUUUGCGCAAAGAACUCUGCUUGCCGCAGAUAAUUAUCAAGUGGUGUGAUUACAAAGAGUUUAUGCAGUGAUUUAGAAUCCAAAAUUCUGCUUUAUAUAUAUAUUUCUUCUCCUCCCUUGGGAUUUUGAGACUAGGCAUUCUUUUACUCUCAAUAGUUACAGGUGGAUAUUCUUAGUUACCUAAGAGGUUACUAUACCUAAAUUUAUAUGUUCUUCAACAUUUUGGAGAUGUCUUCUCUACCAUUUGUUUUUGUAUCAAAACAGGAACAAAUUUGGGUUGUCAGUAUAUAUAGAUUUAGAAAUUGCUUUCAUUUGAUUGAAA